CGUCUUUUCCCUGCCAGGACCCGUAGGUUAGUCCCAUCAGCCCAUGCGCGUCACCCUCCCCUCUCUUCCUCGGCGCUGCCUACGGAGGUGGCAGCCAUCUCCGACUCGGCACCAUGGCGGCCCUCAGACCCCUCGUGAAGCCCAAGAUCGUCAAAAAGAGGACCAAGAAGUUCAUCCGGCACCAGUCAGACCGAUAUGUCAAAAUCAAGCGCAACUGGCGGAAACCCAGAGGCAUCGACAACAGGGUGCGGAGAAGGUUCAAGGGCCAGAUCUUGAUGCCCAACAUAGGCUAUGGAAGCAACAAGAAGACAAAGCACAUGCUGCCCAGUGGCUUCCGCAAGUUCCUGGUGCACAAUGUUAAGGAGCUGGAGGUGCUGCUGAUGUGCAACAAGUCUUACUGCGCAGAGAUUGCUCACAACGUCUCCUCUAAGAACCGCAAGGCCAUCGUGGAAAGAGCGGCCCAGCUCGCCAUCCGAGUCACCAACCCCAACGCCAGGCUGCGCAGCGAAGAAAACGAGUAGACAGCUCGUGUGCAUGUUUACUUGUGCUUAAAUAAAACCACAAAAACUGC